AUACCCAUUGAAGAAGAUGUUCCCACAAAAGUAGAGCUCUGAUGACUCCUCUCCCAUUCUUUUUCCUUUUUUACAUUAUGUUCAUUGAAAGGCCCACAGAACUGGAAGCAACCAACACAAACUCAUCUCAUCAAAAUCACUUAACAAACACACAUCAAUUCACAAUUAACUAAACACUUCUAAACUAUUCACUUCACAUCUUUUCUCAUUUCCCCCAUUUCUCUUCUUCUUCCCACUUGAUUCUUUUUUUUUUUCUUCUUCAAAGUUCCUCAUGAUUUGGGCAAGAUCUGCCUCUCUUUCUACUUUCCCCCCUCUUUUGCCUGCUUGCUGUUUCAUGAGAUGCAUCCUCCAUUGUUGAAGCCACUUGAUUGUCUCCUGGUUCUCAAAUGGGGAAGAAGAAGGGCUGGUUUUAUUUAGUCAAGAAGCUAUUUAUUUCAGAGUCACAGCCUAAGCCUGAGAAGAAGCAAAAGAGAUGGAAAUGGGUGUUUGGAAAGAUGAGGAACAAGAGACUAGCCACACUAACAGCGCCAUUGCCACCAAAAGCAACGACGACGACGACAUCGAGACUAGAGGAGGAAGAAGAGGAAGAGGAGAGGAAGCAGGCUCUUUCUGUGGCCAUUGCAAGUACUGCAGCGGCCGAGGCGGCAGUUGCAGCAGCUAAGGCUGCGGUUGAGGUCGUUUGGCUCACAGGGACCACUCAAUCUCAUCAACAAGAGGCUGCAGAAGAAGUCUUUAAGCCUCUCAAAAAGGCUCCUCCAGCUGAUCUCCUUAAACGUGAAAGGGAAAUCCAUGAGUUUGCUGCUAUUACUAUCCAAACUGCUUUCCGUGGCUUCCUUGCGAGAAAAGCAUUAAGAGCACUGAAAGGAAUAGUGAGGCUACAGGCAAUUAUUAGAGGGAGAGCUGUUAGGCGCCAAGCCAUUGCUACUUUGAAGUGCUUGCAGUCCAUUGUUAGCAUACAAUCACAAGUCUGUUCAAAUAGACUUCAUCUUCCUCAAAACACUUUCAAUUCCCCUGAAACGAGGCAGUUUCAGAGCUUGAAGGAUAAGAUCAUAAAGUUGGAUUCAAACGAUCAAAGGUGGGAUGAUAGCCUAUUAUCAAAAGAAGAAGCAGAUGCAGUGUUUUUGAGCAGGAAAGAGGCAGUAAUCAGGAGAGAGCGAGUGAAGGAAUACUUAUUCGCCCACAGGAGAUCUGCAGAAUCAGAAAGAAAGAAAGUACGAGGAAGAUGGAGAUACUGGCUAGACCAAUGGGUCGACACCCAACUCUCGAAAAGCAAAGAACUCGAAGAUUUGGACUCCAUUUUCACCUCAAAUCCAAAAUACAAAGAGACAACAAACGAAAGAUUCAAACCAAACCCAACAACAAAAAACAUGGAUAGAACAACAGAACACCCCCCCAACCAAUCUCCAUCUCAAAAACCAGCGCUGAAAAGCCCCUUUCAUCACAAGAAGCAACGUUCAUUAGGAGGUGGAAUAGACUCAAACAGCUCAUUUUCAAGCUCCCCACUGGUACCAACGUACAUGGCUGCCACUGAAUCAGCAAAGGCAAAAUCAAGAUCCUUAAGCUCCCCAAAGCUAAGGCCAGCAGGGGGAUUGGACACUUGCUCUGAUGGGAAUUCUCCAUGCAAGACAAAGCAGCUCUGUUUGGUUUCUUCAAUGGUGAGUGAAGUUGGAAUUAGCAGUGGGAGAAGAGGUUUUCAUCAACAGCAAAGAUCACCAGGACUUAAGGGGCUUCCAGGGCCAACAAGAUCAAGCAGAACUCUUAUCAAAGAUUUGAGCAUUGAUUCUGAGCAUUCCUUGCCAAACUGGGAUAGACAAAGUGCCUUCCAAUGAUUGUUUUCUUUGUUGGGCAGAUUGAUAUUAAAAUGAAUAUAGAAAACAGUUUGUGGUGUUGUGCUCAUAUAUCUAAUAAAAAUGUGUUUGAUGUUUGUAGAUCAUAGGUGUGCCUAUAUUUAAUCAUGGUGAGUUUUUCUUUUCUUUGUUAUUAAACCAUAUUCUGCAUAUUUGAUCCUUGUACUAAUUGUUUUUGUUUACCUUUUCUCCAAUAGUUUAACCCUACCAGAGGUAGAAAUUGGACGUUAGACUUUCAAAAACAGAUAUAUAAUACUUUGACUA